CGACUCGCCGACUCAUUGAAAGUGAGAGACAGAGAGACAUUUGGAGAAACAAAUUCUACUUUCUUCUUCUUCUUCUUCUUCUUCUUCUUCAUUCUCUGACUCUCGACUCAGAUCCAGUACUGAAGAAGUGAAUAUCACUCACCAUCAUGGUCAAAGACAGAGAGCAAAACUCUAAUAAGGAGAAGAAGCUCCUCGUCAGCCUCAUAUGGAACUUCUCCACCGAGCUCAAGCUCAUCCUCAUGGCGUUACUCGUUAUAUUCACUCUAGCCACUCUCUUACCUUUCAUACCUUCCUCAUUCUCACUCUCCGCCUCCGACUUCCGCUUCUGCAUCUCACGCUUGUCCUCCGUCAACACCACCACCACAACCCCAACAAAACUCUCACCCGAAAACAACACAACCACGGAGCUAGUCCUAGACCGAGUUUUAGAUAACGGCGUUAUCAAACGGACGUUUACCGGCUACGGCUCAGCAGCUUACAACUUCGUAUCGAUGAGCGCUUACAGAGGCGGCGUCAACACUUUCGCCGUCAUCGGCCUAUCCUCCAAACCCCUCCACGUGUACUCCCAUCCUUCUUACCGCUGCGAGUGGGUCCCUCUCGACCCGACUCACGACCCGGUUUCCACAACCGGGUCUAAAAUCCUAACCGACUGGGGAUACGGACGGAUCUACACAACCGUCGUCGUCAACUGCACUUUCCCAUCAACCACCACCCCCGUCGGAGGUAACCUCAUCCUCCACGCCACCACCGGAGAUCCAUCCCUAAACCUCACCGACUCCAUCCCCGUCCUAACGGAGCCACCAAACUCCGUCGACCUCACCCUCUACACCUCCUCAACCAAGAAGAAGCAGUACGACUACCUCUACUGCGGCUCGUCUCUCUACGGGAACCUGAGCCCGCAACGUGUCAGAGAAUGGAUCGCGUACCACGCGAGGUUCUUCGGAGAACGGUCGCAUUUCGUGCUCCACGACGCCGGAGGGAUCCACGGGGAUGUGUUCGAGGUUCUGAGGCCGUGGAUCGAGCUAGGGAGAGUGACGGUGCAUGAUAUAAGGGGGCAGGAGCGGUUCGAUGGGUAUUAUCAUAACCAGUUCAUGGUCGUGAAUGAUUGCUUGCAUAGGUAUAGGUUCGCGGCCAAGUGGAUGUUCUUCUUUGAUGUCGAUGAGUUUAUGUAUGUUCCGGAGAAGGAGACGAUCUCGUCGGUUAUGGAAUCUUUGGAGGAAUAUUCUCAGUUUACUAUUGAGCAGAUGCCGAUGAGUAGUAAGAUUUGUUACUCCGGUGAUGGUCCUGCGAGAACUUACAGGAACUGGGGAUUUGAGAAAAUGGCAUAUAGAGACGUCAAGAAAGUUCCAAGACGGGACCGCAAAUACGCGGUCCAGCCGAGUAAUGUAUUUGCGACGGGUGUCCACAUGUCUCAGAACUUACAAGGGAAAACAUACCACAAGGCCGAGGGCAAGAUCCGUUACUUUCACUACCACGGCUCCAUCUCUCAGCGCCGUGAGCCUUGCCGUCACCUUUUCAACGACUCUCGAGUUGUUUUCGAGAACAAUCCUUAUGUGUUGGACACUACGAUCCGCGAUGUUGGCCUCGCUGUCAAAACUUUCGAGAUGAGAACGAUCGGUAACCGGUUGCUUAGGACACGGCAAUGAGAAUAUAAAGAAAAAAUGGAUUAGUGAAUGUAUUCAUCUCUAGAAAAGAAUUAUUAGAAACUUAAUCAAAGAUGGGGCUGAUGUUUUACUUUAUUGUUUUAUUUUGGGUAUUCUUUUAUUAUAUUGUAUCAUAACUUGGAUAUGGAUGGAUUCAUAAAUACAGCUUAAAACUCGGUA